AACGUACCCCAAUCCCCUAAUCCCACGCCUUGUUGACUGACCCCUAAAAUCAAAGAGCCAAAAAAGCAAAAGAACAAAAGGGACAUGACGGUCUCUACCAGCUUCAACAUCCCAACUGUCGACAUCUCCCCCUACCUCGCAUCGCCGACCUCCGUCGCAGCUCAGGAAGUCGUCGCCCAAGUGCGCGACGCCUGCAUCUCGACAGGUUUCUUCCAGCUCAUCGGCCACGGGAUCCCGCGCGAGCUGCAAGACGAGGUCUUCGCCGGCUCCCGAGCAUUCUUCGAUCUGCCACUCGCGGAGAAGAAGGCACUGGACAAAGCCGGGUCUGUGGGGGCGAGUCACCGAGGCUAUGAGCUAAUUGGGAAUCAGGGGCUGCAGGAGGGCGCGCAGCCGGAUCUGAAGGAGGGCUUCUACAUCGGGCGCGACAUCCCCGCCACGGACCCGCGAGUGCUGAGACAUGCUUUCCUCAUGGGCCCCAACCGCUGGCCGGCCUCACUCCCCUCGCACAUCUUCCGCGAGCCCAUGGAGCGGUACUACGAGCGCGUCUACAGCCUCUGUCUCGCAGUUCUAGAUAUCCUCGCCGCGGGGCUCGCCCACGGCCCAGACAUCUUCGCUGACUUCGUCGCCAACGACCCCGUCGCGGCGCUGCGCCUACUGCACUACCCGCCCCAGACGACGGACGCACCAGACCAGCUCGGGGCUGGGGCGCACACGGACUUCGGCGCCAUCACAUUACUGCUCCAGGACACGAUUGGCGGGUUGCAGGUCUGGGACGACGCGGGGGCACGCUGGGUCGAUGUGCCGCCGGAGCCGGACGCGUACGUGGUGAACGUGGGCGACAUGCUGCAGAUGUGGACGGGCGGGAAGUAUAAGAGUAGUCGGCAUAGGGUGCUUAAUAGGAGCGGCACGGAUCGGUAUAGCGUGCCGUUCUUCUUCGAUGGCAAUCUGGAGUGUGUGUUGAAGCCGAUGGAUGGGAGUGAGGCGUCGGGUGAACCGCUGACGGUCGAGGGCCAUAUGAAAGAGAGGUAUGCGAGUACAUAUGGAAGGGGGAAGAAAGUGAGAGAGUAGCGUUUGAGUUCUCUCCCGGUAAAAGAGCUGGAGGAGUUUCCUGGGGCAUUCAUUACAUUCGAAGAUGGAAUUUCUAAACGAUCAGCACCCUACCCGGUUUUGUUGAAAAAAGCGAAAAAGAAGGUUUAGAUACAAUGUUAAAGGGCAUUAAAGAAUCAUCUAAAAGCCAAGAGAAAGCCUACCUAGU